UUAAAAAAACAUGAUUAACAAUCAUUAAAUUGAAGUUUCCUCUUUUCAAAAACAAAUAAGUUAAAAUGACCAAUAAGACCAAAAUCAACAAAACCAAAUCCCCCAAAACGUUUAUAAAUAAUGUGUAAAAAAAAUACAAGAAAUUUUAAACUAUGAAAAACAACACUCAUUAAAAAAAUAUGAUGAAAAUAAUAAAAAAAUAGAACAAAUGAGGUUAGAUGUUGCAUAAAAUUUCGAAAUAACCGACGAUGAACUUGACUAAGAUAUUCUAAAUGAAAAAUAAGCAGAAAAUAAAGCCUAAAUUUAAAAAAGAAUAUAAACUAUUAACUCAGAAGAAUAAUUGCUAAAUAAAAAUACAAUUAUAAAAGCUUUUCAAAAUAUUGAAAAUCAGACUUUUUUAUCUAAUAGAAAGCAAGAAUUUUUGGAAUCAAAGCGAUUUUUUUUAAAAAACAAAAAAAAGUAAAAAAAUAAAAAUACAUAAAAUAUAUAAAAAAAAAGAAACUUAUUUAAAUAAUUCUAAAAAAAUAUACAAUAAAUAAACUAAAUAAAUGAAGAAGAUUAAAAUAUAGAAGAAUAUAUCUAAAACUAAACAAUAUUUAAAGAAAUUCAAAAAACACAAUAAACAAAAAACUCAAAAAGAAUAGAAAAAAUACUAACAAAAUUAACAGAAUUAAUAGAAUUUCCUCAAGAUUAAAAUAUAAUAGAAAGCUAACUUUUAAAAAAAUAUAAAAUUUCGCAUAAAGACCAAUAACUAUUGCAUUAAAAAAAUAUUGUAGGUUUUACGACAUUAGAUUUUACUAAAAUUAAAAAAUAUCGAUUUAAUGCAUUAAACCUACCAUUUUGUGGCAGUAAUUAUAAUGAGGCUAAACGUGUAAUAGUUCCAUAAUAUCAUGCAAUACAUGGAGACACAACCGAUCCUUUUAACCGAUUGUUUACUCGACCUGUUGUAUUCAGAAACAAACAACAAUAAAAUUCAAAUUAACAACAAUAAGGUUAAUAAUAACCUUUAAACUUGAAAUUAAAAAGGACUAAUGCUGAAUUAUAUUCAGCUAUGCCCCCUUCAGAUGCCACAUCUUCUCCAUUGAAACUAAAACUAAAUCAAAUAAAUGAAUAUUAUCAAGACUGGGACGAGAUAAUGUCUAAAAGAAACAAGGAAAACGACGAUUCUAAGGAAAAAAAGCUUGAAAAAUUAAACCGUAUGAACUCUUAGGAAAAGAGCAAAUACACUAAAGCUUUAUUAAAAAAAGCUUGGGGCAAUGUAGUCAAAAACGUAUUAAAAAUAUACAGAUUUGCUUAAUAAACAAGGUAAGAAAACGAGAUGAACUGCCGAAAAUACGCAAUUUUAUGUUCAAAAGAAGUCCGUAAAAAAUAUUCGAAAAGCUAAAGAGCAUAAAAAGACUGGGCUCUAAGAAAAAUUGAUGAAAACGAAGCCGUUUAAUAGGUAGCUUCCUUAAUUAAUUAACAUAGAAACGAACUUAUUAAAUUUGAUAGAAAUACAGAUUUAGAAAGAUAAUUAUCGGCUCAAAAAUUAGAUUUCUCAUAAGUAGAAGCUGAAACAUAAAAUAGUAUAGUUUAGCCACCUCCUUUAUUUUAAGGAACACUUAAAGAAUAUUAACUUAAAGGUCUUAGAUGGUUAGAUAAUUUAUAUGAAUAAGGUAUUAAUGGUAUAUUAGCAGAUGAAAUGGGUUUAGGAAAAACUAUAUAAGCAAUAGCUUUAAUAACACAUAUUGUUAAUUCAAAAAAUAUAUGGGGGCCAUUUUUAGUUAUUGCACCAUCAUCUACUUUAUAUAAUUGGUAGUAAGAAUUAAAGAAAUUUUUCCCUUAAUUAAAAGUUCUUCCGUAUUGGGGAAGUUUAAAAUAAAGAAAAACUAUAAGAACGUAUUUUUCUUCACAUCAUUUAGGUUGUAAAAGUUCACCUUUCCAUUUAGUUAUAACAUCUUAUUAACUAGUAGUUUCUGACGAAAAGACUUUCCACAGAAUAAAAUGGUAAUAUAUGAUAUUAGAUGAAGCUUAGGCUAUUAAAAAUAUUAAUUCUUAAAGAUGGAAAACAUUACUUUCAUUUAAUUCUAGAAAUAAACUACUUCUAACAGGUACUCCUAUAUAAAAUACAAUGGCUGAACUAUGGGCUUUACUACAUUUUAUAAUGCCUAAACUAUUUGAUUCACAUGAUUAAUUUUAAGAAUGGUUUUCUAAAGACAUAGAAGCCUCCAGUUAGGAUAAAUAACAAUUAAAUUAACACUAAUUAUAACGUUUGCAUGCUAUUUUGAAACCUUUUAUGCUCCGAAGAAUAAAAAAAGACGUCGAACAUGAAAUUGGUGCAAAAACAGAGUACUAAAUAAUGUGUACUAUGACCAAAAGGCAAUAAUGUUUCUAUGAGUCUAUUAGAUAGAAAUUAUCUUUAAAAGAUUUCUUUAAAAUAUUUGAAUCGAAACAAAAAGUUGAUAAUUUAAUGAAUUUAGUAAUGCAAUUUAGAAAAGUAUGUAAUCAUCCUGAAUUAUUUGAAAGAAGAAGUUCCCGAAGUCCGUUUAUAUUCUAAAAUAUAUAUUUUUAUACAGGCCAUUUACCUCCAAAGCCUGGUUAAAUAAAAAUGAUAUAUUCAAACAUUCAUAACCCUAUAAUAUAUUAAAUUCCAAAACUAUACUAUGAUGAAGUUUUAUGCUAAGAGAAUUUCUAUACUUUUAUAUAAAGGAAAUUUUAAUUAUUUUCAACAUAAUACAUCUAAUAGGAUAUUUUUAAAGGAAAUUCAUUUUUUUCAUUUAUAAGAUUACUUGAUUUACCUCUUAAUAUAAUGGAAAUAUACUCUCGAGCAGAUUCUUUAUACUUAAAUAUUAUUUUAUUACAUUUUCUUUCCAAAAUUUAAUAAAAAUACCAAUAUUACGCAUCAAAAGAUGAAAAGUUUCCAUCUAAAAAUUUAUGGUGGUCCAAAAAUAUACUUGAAGACAAAGUAAAUCAAGAUAUAUAUAUAUAUAUAUAUAUAUAUAUAUAUAUAUAUAUAAUUUAUAUAUAAAUAUAUAUAUACAUAUAUAUAAAAAUUUAUUAAUAAAUAAAAAAGCUUUUAUAAGUUCUUAAAAGAAACGGACAUAGAGUUUUAAUAUUUUGUUAAAUGACAAGAAUGAUAGAUAUUCUAGAAGAUUUUAUGACCCGAAAAAAAUACAAAUAUUUCCGUCUAGAUGGUUCAUGUAAUAUAUCAGAUAGACGUGAUAUGGUAAAUGAAUUUUAAUAAAAUGAUUAAACUUUCGUUUUCUUAUUAAGUACAAGAGCAGGUGGUUUGGGAGUUACUCUUACAGCUGCUGAUGUAGUUAUUUUUUACGAUAAUGAUUGGAAUCCUACUAUGGAUGCAUAGGCUAUGGACAGAGCACAUAGAAUAGGUUAAACUAAGGAAGUUUAAGUUUAUAGACUUAUUAUGAAAGGAACUAUUGAGGAAAGAAUUUUAAAAAGAGCUUAGUAGAAAUAAAUGGUUUAGUCUACAGUUUAUUCUGGUGGAGCUUUUAAAGCUGAUAUUUGGAAACCAAAAGAGGUUAUGGAAAUGCUUUUAGAUGAAAACGAAAUAAAUGAAACUUAAAUGUUUAUGCCUAAAAGAUAGAAAAAUGGAAUAAAUUAGAAAAUGAUUAUUUAAAAGAAAUAAUAAAUGUAAAAAGAAAAAAAUCUCAAAAAUGAAGAUGGAAACGAAAAUAUGGAUAUUGAAAAUGAUAAUGUGGAUGAUAUUGCUAUUAAUUUUGAAAAUAUGGAUGAUGGAGAAGAUAGAAAUGAAGACGCUUAAGAAAGUGGAGAUAUUUGA